AUGGGAUUGCUCCUGAAGGUUUUCAUCCCUUUGCUGGGAGCAGCACUGGCUUUUUAUUUUUAUUCAGCACCUGAGAACUUCAAUGAAGAGAUGCUCCGGGGGAAGCGGGUGAUCGUGACGGGAGCCAGCAGCGGCAUCGGGGAGCAGAUGGCCUAUCACCUGGCACGGAUGGAGGCCCACCUGCUGCUCACGGCACGGACAGAGGCCAAGCUGCAGAAAGUUGUGGAGCGGUGCCUGGAGCUCGGUGCUGCCUCCGCCCGCUACAUCAGCGGCUCCAUGGACAGCCCCAGCCUGCCCGAGGAGCUGCUCAGCGAGGCUGAGAACACCUGGGGUGGCCUGGACAUGCUCAUCCUGAACCACAUCGGCCAGAGCAGCUUCAGCUACUUCAGCGGCGACGUGGGGCACGUCCGAAAGCUCAUGGACAUCAACUUCGUCAGCUACGUGGCCUUGGCCACGGCUGCCCUGCCCAUGCUGAAGGAGAGCGAGGGCAGCAUCGUGGUGGUUUCAUCCAUAGCAGGUAGAAUUGCCGGCCCUUUUACUGCUCCCUAUUCAGCCACCAAGUUCGCCUUGGACGGAUUUUUCAGCUCCUUGAGGCAGGAACUCAUCAUAGAGAAGGUCAACGUUUCCAUCACACUCUGCAUCCUGGGCUACAUCAACACAGAGAGCGCCGUGCGCGCCGUCUCACACGUUAUCCCGGACACGCCGGCCCCCAAGGAGGAGUGUGCCCUGGAGAUCAUCCGAGGAGGAGCCCUGCGCUGGCGGGAGGUGCACUACCCUCCCCGGACCGUGAGCAGCAUGCUCCUCCUCCGCAGCUUCGCCCCCGAGCUCCUCGACUCCAUCGUCCGCGGCAGCUACCGCGUGGAGAACGUCAGGAGAACGUAG